ACUCACGCGCUGCUCAUGUUGUGCUCCACGAGUUUCCUCCCACUAUCCACGAGGGAUGGUGCCAACACGUUCAAUACCACGCUGUCUUAUAUCAAUUUAUGUCCUGAACACUCAUCAUUUACCUCAUUUGCCCCUUUCGCGCAGUCCGAAGUGUAGCAGAGGUGGUCUCCCAGCAAACGGUCAGGCCUCUGUCCAAGUGAGUGUGAGCCCCAACUGUAGCUCCAGUGCCGCAGACGCCGCUUGCCAUGGCUGCCAUUAAGGCCAUCGAAGCCAAUACUGUUCAUCGGAUCCAAUCUGGGCAGGUCAUUGUCGAUCUGUGUUCUGUGGUCAAGGAGCUUGUCGAGAACAGCCUUGAUGCUAAUGCUACGGCCAUAGACGUGCGCUUCAAGAAUCAAGGACUAGAAGCCAUUGAGGUUCACGACAAUGGAUCUGGCAUUUCGCCUGAUAACUACGAAGGAUUAGCCUUGAAGCACCAUACAUCCAAACUGGCGACCUUCUCUGAUCUCAACACUCUGUCCACAUUUGGCUUCCGUGGCGAGGCUUUGUCGUCGCUUUGCGCCUUGUCUCACUUCUGUCGUCACCUGCCUCGCCAAUGACGCUCCCAGAGCGACCAAGCUAGAGUUCGAGCCAUCUGGCAGGCUCAAGAGCACUACCGUCGUCGCUGGGCAGAAGGGCACAGUGGUAAUGGUCAAUAGCCUGUUCCACAACCUCCCUGUCCGGCGACGUGAACUUGAACGUAACAUCAAGCGAGAGUGGAAUAAGGUCAUCACGCUUCUCAACCAGUACGCCUGCAUACAGACUGGUUUGAAGUUUACCAUUUCCCAGCAACCUAACAAGGGGAAACGCAUGAUUCUCUUCUCUACCAAGGGAAACACCACCGUCCGAGACAAUAUCAUCAACAUCUUCGGUGCCAAGACCACAGCUGUUUUGACGAGGCUCGACGUUGAACUUCAGUUUGAGCCAUCAGCAGAAUCAGGCUUUACUUCAGCAAAACAGCCUAAUCAAAGCGCUUCCCCUGUUCAGGUCAAAGGAUUCGUCAGCCGACCCGCGCAUGGCGAAGGCCGUCAAACUCCAGAUCGUCAAAUGUUCUUCGUCAACGGACGACCUUGCAGUCUCCCUCAGUUUGCAAAGGUGUUCAAUGACGUGUACAGGUCGUAUAAUUCAUCACAAUCACCCUUUAUCCUCGCCAAUAUACAACUCGACACACAUCUUUACGAUGUGAAUGUUAGCCCAGACAAACGCACUAUUCUUAUGCAUGAGCAAAAUCGCAUGUUGGAUUCUCUACGCGAAGCUCUCACAUCCCUCUUCGAGUCCCAGGACUAUUCCAUCCCCUUGUCAUACAUGGCACCAUCCAAGCCCGGACCAUCCGUGGCCUCUUCACCACAAUCCAACCCCGACAAGCAGUCGCAAUUGCGUCGGGUGACUUCAGACACGAGCAACGACGAUGGAUGUCGGUCCACGGUGCCAGGGGCAGAGACAAAAUACGCAGAAAAUGCAUCUGAUAACCAAGUUUGUUUGACCCGGAAAGCUCAGCCGGUGACUGCUCAAGUACCUGAGUCUCCAGCCCAAGCUCUCAUGAACCGCUGGAUCGCCAAGCAAUCGAACAACACGAGUCACGGAAUUUAUUCGGGGGCCAGUGAACCCAAUAGCAGUUCUUCAGAAGCACAACACCGAGAAUCACGGGCCAAGCCAAUGCUAUCCGUCAAUCGUAAGGGUGUACAAAGUGAACCGUCGCAUCAAGUUCUAUCAAGGCCAGAGACCAGUAUGACGAACCUCAGGAUCACAGAAAA